AUGGGCGCCUCACCAAUUACACUAAGGAGCAUUCUUGGCUUCCUAUUUGUCUUCGUGCAGCUGGCCUCUGCCCUCAAAUUUGACCUCACUGCCACCUCAGGCGGCGGCAAGAACGAGCGAUGCAUCCGUAACUUCGUCUCGAAGGACCAGCUGGUCGUUGUUACUGCCACUGUCGGCGGCACCAAGGGUGACGGACAGAAGGUCAACAUUCACAUCAAGGACGCAAUGGGCAACGACUAUGGCCGCCCCAAGGACGUGAUCGGUGAAACCCGUCAACUUUUUACCUCGCCCGCGGACACCGCGUUCGACGUCUGCUUUGAGAACCAGCUCACCGGCCACAAUGGUAUUUCCAACCCCACCCGACCCAUCGAACUCGACGUCGACAUUGGCGCCGAUGCCCGCGACUGGAACAGCAUUCAGCACCAGGAGAAGCUCAAGCCCGUUGAGACGGACCUUCGCCGUAUCGAGGAGAUGGUCACUGAUAUUGUGACCGAGAUGGAGUACCUGCGCGAGCGUGAGCAGCGUCUGCGUGAUACGAACGAGAGCACCAAUGAGCGAGUCAAGUGGUUCGCUUUCGGCACUAUGGGUAUGCUUGUCGGGCUUGGUGCUUGGCAGGUUGUUUACCUGAGAGCUUACUUCAGGUAUGAUCAUGUCGAGGUGGAAUGGGAGGUGAAAAUAGAUUCGGUCACUGACUUUGUUGCAGAUCUAAGCACCUUAUUUAGGUUUUCGGCCUCGGGGUUGCUUGCAUAUUUUGUCGGUUCUUUUUGGUUUGGUAGCUGCAUUGCAAAUCUCUUCGCUUGUCGAGUGGCAUUCUGUUCUAACAGUCAUGAUCUCAAUGAUAUAAAAUGUAAACCAUGCUUUUUGCAGCCUGGCCAUAAUAAUACUUUUUUUUGCAUGCAUGCAUGUAUGUAUACUUCCCAGCCCUGUAGUGGCGCUGAUCCAGGUACUGCAUCUAUGAAUGCUUAG